AUUUGGUCGCUCAAUGUGAGCUUAGCUUUCCCUUGGAAUCGAACCCGGGUGGAAAAUGAAAGAAACUGUGGAAUCGGCGAUUGCAACAGGACAACCGGAUCCUCUUUCAGACACAAAUGUCCUACUCACGCUGUACGGUGGUCCUUAUAACCAGUCCACGUGGGAUCCGAUGCAGAUCGUCGACACGUUGCUAGCGGACGAAAACAAACCAGCUUGGGAAUUUAGUGCUCUGAUUUAUCAAGUUUUCCUCUACAUAAUGCUUUCUGCCCUGCUCAUCGGUCAAGCACUGCUACUGGCUCGUGAAGCACGCAAGGUGAUUGAGUAUUUGAUCAAACGCUUCUUCUUGGGGCGUAAAAUGACGGAGUUCCGCGUGGAGGACUGGAACCAAAUCCACCUGAACAGAUAUACUCCGUUCCAGGUGGACUAUGUGAAGGGAUCUACGGAAGACUAUCGACUGCGGCUGGAAGACUAUCGUGAGCUUUUGCGGAUGCUUAGUUUCAUUGAAACACACGGUGGAACUUGAGUUGUCAUCACCGCCCUCACCAUCAUCAUUGUUAACUCAGCAUAGCUAGUCUUUAAAUAGAGACUUUCUGUUGUGUG